AUGUCAACAGUCCUACCUUCUAGAGAUGCCAUUCCUCAACCUGUGAGUUUGGAAUUAUCACAGUCGAGUAAAGUUCUUAAAGGCAAACAUCAUUCUCAGAUCCAAAAGGGCGAAUUGGUAAAGUUGACAGAAAGUAUACCCGGCAAGUAUUAUGAUCAGAACUCGGACAAAUAUGAAUACACAGUUCCGGCUGGAACAAUUGUUCGCAUACACGAUUCAUUGCUGACCAGACAAGCGAUCGAGGGGCAAGCUCGAUUAGGCUACGAUUACAUAUUUUCGUUGGACAUGGACGACUUCAAAUACCACUUGGUGGCUCCUACAGGCAUCUCUGUGAUUUCAAACCCAAUUCCACAUACAAAACUUGCCAUUCUGCCUACGUCUUCUACCAAUACGAGGGAGAUGAGGAAAGACCGUUUUUGGAAGAUUAAGAAUGUUGCCUUUGUUCGAGAGGCCCACAGAGCUCCUGUCGGCAAGCAGACUGAAAGCGGCUGGGUGACUGUCAACGUUGGAGAUGGUAUUAUAAUCGAAGGUUUUCCUGAAUCCCGUAAGGGCAGCACGCGAGUCCCAAAUUAUGAGUCUGCCUUCUACAAUUUUGGUGUGGGCCGUAUUGUUGGCACCAAGACACCAGUUUGGCACUCAGCCACUCGCCACGGGCCACAUGUCUUUGAGAGAACUUAA